CCUACUGAUUUUCUACUUCUUACCUUUGCUCAGGUGUCUGGAGUUAUUUGCAGGUAGCUGUGUGGAGGCUGCAGUUCUGACAGCCAUCCUGGCUCAGGCUGGCAGUGUCCGUCCCCCUCGUGGAGGGAGGACAAUGAGUGAGACUAACCAUCAUCACCAGCGGUCAAGCAUAGGUAGAGGACGGCGUGGAAAGCAAGUGAAAGAAGACAGUGAAACCUAUGAACUAUCCAUACCCCUCGAUGAACCACAGCAAAUGGAGUCACAAACGCAAACUCAGCAGCAGUUAUAUUAUGGUCUGAGCCCUCCACAGAACUUUGAUGAGGCACCUGAGAUGCCCCCUCCCUCACUGACUCUGGUGACCAGCAUGAGGACACAGCUGCACAUGGCCCUGGAGAGGAACUCCUGGUUGCAGAAGCGUAUCGAGGACCUGGAGGAAGAACGGGACUUCCUUCGCUGCCAGUUGGACAAGUUCAUCUCCUCUGCCCGCCUGGAUGCUGAUGACCACUUCCGCAACAAACAGCUCCCUCGUCGGUUUGAGGUUUCUGAGAGUCGGAAUGGGGAUGUGACAGAUGAUGACAGUGUGGGUUCUUGGCUGAGUGCCAGCCCAGAAGAGGGGGGCUCUUCAGAGCAUAAGAAACAGAAAGGAGGGGCAAACCGACGGCGCUUCAUCAAGCCCAAAGUCCGCGAGAGGCAAAGGGUCAAAGAUGUGGAUGGGGUGCUGUGCCGCUACAAGAAGAUCCUGUACACCUUUCAGAAGCUGCAAAGCAUGAGCCGGGCCUUCGAACACCACCGAGUGGACCGUAACACCGUGGCUCUGACCACACCCAUUGCUGAGCUACUCAUUGUGGCUCCCGAAAAGCUGGCUGAGGUGGGAGAAUUCGACUCCUCCAAGGAGCGCCUGCUUGAGUAUUCCCGACGUUGCUUCAUGGCCCUGGAUGAUGAGACACUCAAGAAGGUCCAGGCCCUCAAGAAAAGCAAGCUCCUGCUGCCCAUCACUUACCGCUUCAAACGGAAAACAGACUCCCCUGGCCCUGCUGCUGGCAACCUGCUGCCCUCGCCCGCCACGCCUCCCAAGCCACUUUUACCCAUUGCUGAUUGCUACAAGCGAUGAUUUUCCCAACUCAGUAUCAGGAACCUGCUUUGUCAGCCCCUCAGCCCUGUAUCCCUAUUUAAGUAUUGAUGUAGCCACUGCCUUGUUCUCCCCAGGACUGUCAUCCAUUUCCUACCAGCCAUCUCCCCUACUUUUCAAAAGUGUUUAAUAAAAAUGUCAAAUGCUCUUUCAUGACAAGGUUGGCCCACCUAUAAGGGAAGCAGGAUGCUCUCCUCUGAAGUCAAGCACGUUAGGGAGCAUCCCCUGGCCACACAUUUUGACCUGUUCUUCAGUCAGUAAAGGCUUCUUAACAGCUACUGGAUUAAUAUUGUUCGCCUCACUCCUGUCUGAAAGCUGCCAAAAUGGCUAGCCAGAAGGCGGCAAUGGUGCAAACCAACAUAAUAGCAUCCUCUACAGAAGGGCAAGGUGAGACAAUAAAAGUUCACCCACAAAAGAAGAGAUGGUACCUGCAGCCUUGAAGGUCUCUGGAAUUACCAGCCCACACAUUUUUUUUACUAGAUUGUCUUCUCACAUCUACCACUGGUGGCACAUUAACAGCCUGAAAAGGGUAGACCACACCUAGUGUGCAGUUUUUUAAAAAAAGAAAUUCCCUCCACUGCCUGCAGGACAUUCUUGUUGGAACUCUGUCUGGGGCAGUGAUGCUCUGUAUUCUUGGGGAGGCCACAGUGGGAGGGCUUCUAGUGUCCUGGCCACACUGGUGGACCGCCUGAUGGCACCUGGUUUUGGGGGUUUUUUUGGCUACUGUGUGAUGCAGAGUGUUGGACUGGAUGGGCCAUUGGCCUGAUCCAACAUGGCUUCUCUUUUCUUCUUACUUUUCAUAGAAGUGGCCUAUUCAUGAGCCUAUUUUAACAGCUCCAGAGCAUCAUAGUACUUUUUUGGCUGCAGCUUAGGAUAGCUAGAUGGCUCACCCUGGAGACAGUGCUUGUCUGCUUCUAGUAUUCUAGUAGUGGACUGAGAGGAUGCAACCACUGCUAUCAUACCUGACUGCUGUGCCCUCCUCUGCAGCCUGUUGUGGGGGUCGUAUUGGAUGCUGGAGGCCAUGACAGCAGAUAGGAGAUGUGGAAUAAAUUUCAGAAGUCCUCAUUGCUGAAUCUGUCACUCAUAGCCAAAACCAACAAAAACAGAGAAAGGGAAAACAUAUCAAUCCAGAACAGACAAUUUAGCCAAAAAGGGUGACAAAAAGAAAAAAAGCUGAAAUUAUAAUCCAAAAAUUUUAAUCAACUAACAAAUACUAAAACCCACGCAUCACAAAACAGCAAUCUUUGGUUACAUAUAUGCAUGCCUUCUCGUGGUCCAUAAACUUUUUUUUUUUAGUAAGAUUACACUUCUAUACAGUUUCAGCCAAAACAUGUUUGGUUUUGUUUUGUUUACUUGUAUUUUAUGCAGUCUGUAAAAUGUACCUGGUUGUAGCAAUGCUUGUAACUGUAUAGAAAUGUAAAGGUCUUAUACACCAGGAGGAAGGUACGUAUAUAUGUAACCCAAAGAUUGUUGUUUUAUGAUGCAGUUUUUACUUUUUGUUAUUUGAUUAAAGGUUUUGGAUUAUAAUUUCAAGACUUUUUUUAAACUGACAAUGUUACUCUAUAUAUAGAUUACCACCCCCUUAAAACCUUUUUUGUCACUUUGUCUUAUCUAUAAGUGGAUGUUCCUGGUACCUUCUCAAGCUCUUCCUUAGAUUGAGAGGCUUAACUGUAACAUUCAGCAGCCUCCAGUUUCCUAAUGUCUCCCAAAGAUGUUCCCCUGCUCCCAGUGCACUUCUUUAUCUCAUGGUUGUCCUGAGAAGUGUCCAUGGGCAUCACUGUCCUUCCCUAGCUGUUAUCCCAAUACAGACUCCUCCUGGGCUCUUAUUUCAUUGGCACUUCUGUGCCAUUACCACUCAUUUUGCCCUCUCUGCUCUCCAAGACAGGGUGUGUGUGUGUUUUCUUAUAUUUUUGUGGCUUCAAGCUGCUGUUGUGUAUGUGUGUGCAAGGAUUUUGAUAGUACGUUGCCUGUUUCUUGGGGGGAGGCCUCCGUUUUAUUCAUUGUAAUUAAUGAACUGUUUCCACUGUGCCUGUACUUUCUUGCCCAGUCUUUUUUCUUCCUGUUUAAAAAAAAAAAAAUGUUUAAAAAAACUUUAUUAAGAGAAUUUAAAUUAAAGAAUUUUCAAUAAAAAACAAA